GGAGGAGAAUCGACGCUCUUGUGAUUCGGUUGGCGCUGUUCGAUCCUUGACAUCAGGUACUCAGUUACGUGACCCAAAAUAUCUGGGUUUCUGCAGAGGCAUUUUUUGUCAAUAUUCUGCUCUCAAAUUUCUCACUGUCAAAGGGCUACGCCAUAUUGCUAUCUUUAGAGUUCAAUGACGCUGAGUAGGAGAGGCGGAACUUCCUCACAUCAAUGCCGGAUACCGACAGGAUAGCUUCAGAAAUGAGUAUGUUGAAGGAGAAUGGCGACCAUCUCUUAAUUGAUGAGCACUCUGUCUUGCCUUCCACAGCUCAGCAACCACUUAAAGGCUGCCCGAGCGAUGCCGCCCCAAGAGGGGGCUCCAUCAGCACCGAAGAGACCUGGCAAGAUGGGCGAGCAGAUUCAAUCUGUCCCGAAAGGGAUGGUGAACUCCAUUGUAAACGCCCGGGGGAUGUGGCAUCAGCCUUCGAUAAGAGGAUCCUAUUGAGCGAAACCCCUUCUGGGCUUGGAGAGGUAGAAAGUUCUCUUGGGGUUCGGUGGGCUCCUCUUAGCAUUAGCCCGAGACGACGCUUUCAGACUUUAGUGGUCCUGUAUCACACCGUUUCCAUCGCUAUAUUUCUAACAGCUUUCUUCUUCUCCUGCGCCAUACCGUUAUUCUGGCCGCUUUUGCUGCCCUACCUUAUUUAUAUUUCGCUGUUUUCGAAGGUGGCCACUGACGGCUCUCUACGACGGCGGAGUCGGUUUCUGCGAUCGCUUAGGAUCUGGACGUAUUUCGCAGGAUACUUCCCGGCGAAGCUUCAUCGCUCCGAACUUCUUCCACCAACGAGAAAAUAUAUUUUCGGAUAUCAUCCCCAUGGGAUUAUAUCGCAUGGAGCCUUCGCAGCUUUUGCGACUGAAGCUCUCGGGUUCUCCGAGCUUUUUCCCGGUAUUACCAAUACCUUACUUACCCUAGAUUCUAAUUUCCGCCUCCCUUUCUAUCGCGAUUACGCUCUAGCUAUGGGUCUAGGAAGUGUGUCUCGCGAAUCCUGCGAAAACCUUCUCUCCAGGGGAGGCGCAGAUGGAGAGGGCAUGGGACGAGCAAUUACCAUUGUGGUUGGGGGUGCGCGUGAAUCUCUGGAUGCCCAGCCACACAUGAUUCGUCUAGUCUUAAAGCGACGCAAGGGCUUCAUCAAACUUGCCAUUCGCACAGGCGCAGAUCUUGUGCCGGUGCUGGCGUUCGGGGAGAACGAAUUAUAUAAACAAGUGGCGUCCGACCAACAUCCCCUCAUACAUAAAUUUCAGCUUCUAGUGAAGCGUACGAUGGGAUUCACGAUCCCUCUUUUCCAUGCCAGGGGCGUGUUCAACUAUGAUGUUGGAUUGAUGCCGUAUCGAAGGCCGUUAAAUAUUGUGGUCGGGAGACCGAUUCAAGUGAUGCAGGAACGAAACAAGGAUAACAUUGAAGAUGCGUACGUGGAUGAACUGCAUGCCAGAUAUGUCGCCGGUUUACAGAAACUAUGGGAGGAGUGGAAGGAUACGUUCGCAACGGAAAGGGCAUCGGAAUUGGAAAUUAACUGAUUAUCUUGAGUCAUGGGAUAUUAAAUGCCCAUUGUGUUUAAGUUGACUGUCUCUUUUCUAUGGUUAACCGUCCUGCGUUACAUAUUCAGCGCUCCUACCUGGUCAAAUCAAGGACUAAAAAAUAAUGGUUCUCGGCAAAUAUCCCACCAACAGGAACAGGGAGAUUUGCUGUUGUGGUAACCCCCAUCCCCCGGGGCACCCUAUUUAUUCCCGUCAUAUGGGACAGCGAGCCCAUUAAUGGGUGCCGUACGUACGUAUGUACAUACAUACCCAACAUACAGUGAGGGCUUGUUAUCUAGGACCGAUAACGUACCCGUCAGAUACUCCGUAUUUAACUACCAAAUAAAGCUUUGCCAAUGCAAGGGACCAUCCAC